UUUGGUCUCUCUCUCUCACGCGCACUGGCUGUUUCUCUCUCUGCUCUGUAGCUGUAGCGGUGGGCAACUGUUAUUGAUGCUUUUUUUCCUCGACAUUUCCAUGGUAACUGUCCUGUCCAAAGUCUGACCAGCAGCGAGGAGACGAGCGGUGUGUGAGAAUGGAGCUGGAGGAAAAAAACCCGGACCCUAAAUACGGGGAGUCCAGGAAGUUUGAUCCAAGCUUCAAAGGGCCGAUCCACAACAGGGGCUGCACAGAUAUCCUCUGCUGUAUUCUCUUCAUCUUGGCCUUGUUGGGGUACUUUGCUGUGGGUAUUCUUGCAUGGUCUCAGGGUGACCCCAGGAAAGUGAUCUAUCCCACGGACAGCAAAGGCCAGUUCUGUGGACAAGCUGGAACAAAACUAGAGAAAAAGCCUCUUCUGUUUUACUUCAACAUACUGAAAUGUGCCAGUCCUCUGGUGCUGCUGGAGUUUCAGUGUCCCACCACACAGUUAUGUGUGGAAAGCUGUCCCAACAGGCAUCUUACCUUGGUGAAAGUCAAAGUGGGCAACAAAGAAGAUCGGGAAUACUACGAGCAGUAUUGCAAGGAAGGGGUAGACAUUUCCAAAAUGAGUGUUCCUGAAAUCCUGAAGAAUGGUUUGUGUCCUGCCAUGUUGAUGACCAGUAAAGCCUUCACACGUCGCUGCCUUCCUGCCUUGGGAACGAUGAAGGAUGGGGUGGUGGUGGUGGGCAACGAAACCACUAUUGAUGAUGGGAAUGGCACCAGUAUCAAUGCCAAAGACGUGCUGGAGGCAUCAAAGAAGUCAAAUGUGGUCGUUGAAGCUCGCCAGGUGGCAAUGAGAAUCUUUGAAGACUACACUCAGUCUUGGCAUUGGAUAUUGCUUGGUCUGGUGAUAGCCAUGAUCGUCAGCUUGGUUUUCAUCGUCCUGUUGCGAUUCUUGGCUGGUGUCAUGGUCUGGGUCAUGAUUGUUUUGGUGAUUCUUGUCAUCGGAUACGGUAUUUUCCACUGUUACAUGGAAUUUGCCAGCCUGAAGGGAGAGCCUGGUGCUGACGUCACCAUCCGUGACCUGGGCCUGCAGACGGACUUCUCUGUCUACCUGCAGGUCAGACAGACCUGGCUGGCCUUCAUGAUCAUCCUGGCUAUUGUCGAAGUCAUCAUCAUCCUGCUACUCAUCUUCCUCAGGAAGAGAAUCCUAAUCGCCAUCGCUCUCAUCAAAGAGGCCAGCAGAGCCGUCGGCCAUGUGAUGUCAUCUCUGUUUUACCCACUGCUGACCUUUUUCCUCCUGUCCGUGGUGAUCGCCUACUGGGCUGUCACUGCUGUUUUCUUGUCCACCUCUAAUGAGCAGGUGUACAAAGUGUUCAACACCUCUGAGUGUGAGUUCGCACGAGAGACCUGCGACCCCAAGACAUUCAACACUUCCAACAUCUCAGCUCAGUGUCCAGAUGCAGAGUGCCUGUUUGCCUUCUAUGGGGGUGAAACCCUCUACCACAAGUACCUCAUCCUGUUCCAGUUCUACAACGUCUUCUUGUUCUUUUGGUGCGCCAACUUUGUGACAGCCCUGGGCCAGGUCACUCUGUCGGGAGCCUUCGCCUCAUAUUACUGGGCCUUCAAGAAGCCUGAUGAUAUUCCCGCCUAUCCCAUCUUCUCCUCGCUGGGACGCGCCCUCAGAUACCACACAGGCUCCCUGGCUUUUGGCUCUCUGAUCCUGUCUGUGGUUCAGGUCAUCAGAGUCAUUCUGGAGUAUCUGGAUCACAAGUUGAAAGGUGCUCAGAACAAAUUUGCUAAAUUCCUGCUAAGCUGCUUGAAGUGCUGUUUCUGGUGUUUGGAGAAAUGUAUCAGGUUCCUCAACAGAAAUGCCUACAUCAUGAUUGCCAUCUACGGAAAAAACUUCUGCACCUCAGCUCGAGAUGCCUUUUUCCUUCUCAUGAGGAACAUCAUCAGGGUGGCUGUUUUAGACAAAGUGACUGACUUCCUGCUGUUUCUUGGGAAACUCCUCAUCGUUGGCAUUGUUGGGAUCUUCUCUUUCUUCUUCUUCUCUGGAAGAAUCAAAGCAGUAGAGGAUGCUGCUCCAUCUUUGAACUACUAUUGGGUGCCAAUACUGACAUUGGUAGUUGGAUCAUACCUCAUCGCCCAUGGUUUCUUCAGCGUGUACGCCAUGUGUGUGGACACACUCUUCCUCUGCUUCUGUGAGGACUUGGAAAGAAACGACGGCUCAUCUGACAGGCCUUACUAUAUGUCCCCCGAGCUGCACGAGAUCCUCUCCAAAACUAAAAGGCUGGAGGAGGAUCGUGAUGGUGUUGAGCAGGCCGAUUCUGCAAAAGAAGCGGACGAGGUGAAACUGGAGGAGGAAACGCCUCUUCAGCAGCAACAGGAUGGAGAGAUCCAGCUGAAACAGCAGGAGGUCCUCAAGCAGGAAAACGAAGAGGAGCAGCCACUGCAGUCCAAGACAGAUGCUGAAGAGCCAAAAGAGGAGAAGAGCGAGGAACUCAAUCAGGCAAAGGAGGCUGAAAAGAAAGAAGACACGGAGGUGAAAGAAACAGCAGAAAAGGAGGAGGAGUCAAAACAGGAAGAAAAGACGGAGGAGGCGUCGCCUCCAGCUGUGGAGGCUGAGAAAGAGGAAACUUGUGAAAAGAAAGAGGAAAAAGAGGAAUCAAAGGAAGAAAAUCCUCCCUCUGCACCACAGGAGUAGAUGUCAGCAGUAAUGUCGUGGCAAAAAAAAAAAAAGCGAGGCUUGGUAAACCUCAUAAAGCAUAACGAAUGAAAGAACUGUCCCUGCAACUUUGUGAUAUGGACCUGAUAAAUGUACGGCAUAAAAUCUCAGAUGGCCUUGCUAUGUGAGCGGCGUGACGUCCAGCUGGAGAAGGUUGUGGUCGAACAUGUGAAGGCUGAAGCAGGUCAAAAGCCCAGUGCAUUUCUGUAGCUUGAAAAAAACGCUCUGUUGUGUUGGUUUUAGAACAGUGUUGGUUUUUAUAUCGUGAAGAUCUGUAGAACUUUGUGAGUACUGAACCUGUGCCUGAUUACUGUCACUAAUAUUUGUUGUCUUAAUCCUGUUAACGAAUGCACUACAGAACCACUUAAGUACUGUGUACAGUCGGAACAAACACUUCUCAAUCGAUGGUGAAUCUCUUUCACUGUUUACAACAAUACCAGCUGAUGCCAAAAUGUUACAGACAUAUUUGAUAUACUGUAUGAAUACUGGAUCUUUUAUUCCCUACAGAACCUGUGUAUAUAUACAGUAGUGUAUGUCUUUGAUGUAUUUUUUGGCUUCAGUCUUGUAGGGACCCUCACCAAGAUGGGAUCCCAUGUAUUGUAUUGCCACCUACUUGCCUUGGUAUUUCAGACUGGCAUAAGUGCUGUGACUGUGUCGCCAUGGCGCAGCCAUCAUGACCUCUCAGACUCUGCAGACCCCGCCCCUUGUUGUUUACUGACCCAAACGACCUUGCUCUGUCCCUAUCCUUCCUUCGUCUCUCUCUCUCUCUCUCUCUAAGUGCUGCAUGGUGUUGACAUGGCCUUCUGAAUGCUCGCAACUAACAUCAUAAAUCUCUGGAUGCUUUUGUACCUUUUUUCUUGUUCGUCACCUUGUGAAAGAUGUAAGUUGGUUUUCCACUGAAAUUACUGAUGACAUUCCAUAUUUAUUGGCUGUAAAUCUUGAUUAAAGGUGAUUGUAUUUAAUCAUAGUAGUUCUCUUAUGGGUAAAUAUGUGUACGUCGAGGUGGUCUGGUGUUUGGAACCAGGUGAGUUUUCAUGUCCACCAAAAUCAGACAGGACUGAGUUUUUAUUUUAAAGGGGCACUCCAGAAUUUUUGCAUGGGUCAAAAUCAGGAUAUCUGAGCUUUUACAGAACAAAAUAAGCAAUUCAUUCUAACAGAAACGCACACCUUUCUUUUCCCUUAGACCAUGUCAUGACCACUCAAAUUUUUUUCUGUGCACCCAACCCCCAGGGAGCCACUGAUUUAGAGCAUUCUUUGAUUUUCUCUAAAGACCAACUUGACAGCACAUGAAAAUCUGGUUUUUCUGACCUUCUCACCUUGCUGCAGUGAUGUACAGGUGUGCUCAAGGACUUUGUGAGUUUGCUGUUGGGUGUGGUUACAAGUUCAACAAAGCACAAGAUUGAAAUUUUCAACUAGAAAGGGCAGAAAAUCAGGGUUUUUUCAGUGUUAAGUUACUCUUUGUCUCUUUCAAGUUCAAUAGUAAACUGCUGGAGAGCCCCUUUCUUAAGUUGCUAAAAGAUUGAUUAUAGAUAAGGUGUAAUUACAAGCACAGUUAAUUUAUAGUUCAGUAUAAUGUAAUAUAUGUAUGUGUGCUGUUGGGAAAAUGUUGUCUCUCAAAUGCCUC